GAAAGCAGGCGCUCUGUCAGUGAAAGUGUUAGCUACUUCCGUGCUGUUUGUUCGUACUUCAUUCGUUAUUAUCCGUUAUACGGUUCUUUAUUUUAAAUCUUUUAAACGGAAGAGAUGCAGUUUGACAUAACGCGAAAAACAAGAUUUGACAAAACAGCACUGAAUGUGACUGAAGAUUGUUGCAGUCAUGAAUGAAUGGAUCAAAAGGAAGAACUUAUGUCUAUUCACUUCUAUGAUGGAAGUGACCAAGGAAGGAUCCUUGAGAGGAAGAAACGGUGAUACUAUGAUCCAGCUUUAAGCCAACACAACUGUGUUGACUCUGUCACGGCUGUCGUCAUGGGAACUACCACGAGCGAGCCCUGUAUAUAUGACAAACUGUCCGAGAGCGUUGAGAUCCUGCGACAGUCAGGCUACCGUUAUGGGAUGUCAGAGCGGGAGAUCGAGAGGUUCAUCAAACAGGUGUUGGAGACCAACGAGCCCCGGAGGGACCCGCCUCAGUUCCCCAUCCUCCACGCCACCAUUAAGUUUAUGCUGAUAGUGGGAGUCCUGCUGCUGGUGCUCCUGGCCUUCACCUACCCUCAGAGAACCCCCCACCUCGCUCUGGUAAACCUGGGCUCUUAUAACUGGUCAUCCCCCCUCAGCCACGUCCGCCUGCUGUCCCUCCCCAUUGCCAAGAAAUACAAUCUGCAAGGCUUCCAUGAGUGGUGGAGUGGCGGUUCACUCCAACACACUCCAGUCAACUGUUCUGGAUGUGCAGUCAUCACCUCAGUACUUCAAUUCCCAGAGAGCCUCCGAAGGACGGUGACACUGCGACGGGGGCCACAGCUGGUCCUGCUGAAGGGUGGGAGCUCCCUCAGUGUCCAGCGGCAGCAGCUGGAGGAGCUCUACCUGGCUCAUUCCAUGUCCAUGUCCAUUGUGCUUGAAGAGGAUGGGCUCCAAACCCAGAACUCUGGUCUCCCUCAGGGCCCAGCUAACUUCACCCUGCUCUGGAAGUUCAGCAUAGGGACCAGGGGGAAGGUGCUCCGCUGGCUGUUCCCUAAAGCAGAGUUGUGUCCGAUGCUGGACAGUUCAGGGACCAAUCUGCAGCGCUGCCUGGUUAAACACACCACCAAUGCCCAGAGCAAGGGCGUCAGGGUCUUGGGUUGGCUGGUGGUGGGGGAGGGGCUUCCCACAGUUCGGGUUCUACCUGUACAGCGCUGUCACAAACACUGCAGCUCCUUCAACCUGGGGCUCACACCUGGAGACAUGGUGUACGCUGACCCUCGUUACUGGCAGAUGGAGCUCUUCCCGGGCCAAGGCCAGAACAUAAUCUGUGAUGGUUCCAUGUUUUAGAUCACUGUUUAAGGACUGUGACCCAGGACGUCUCUCCAUGCCCCCCCCUCACACCAAUGCCUUAUUAGUCGAUGCCACUCCCUCUGCUGAGGCUCAGUGUGGAGGUCAGAGGUUUGGACAUGAUCAGCCAUCAGCUGAUCUGACCUCAUCACCAGAUUUCUUUAAAAAAAUAGCAGGGCUUCAGGUGUGUCUGUUUCAGGUUCCAGGCCAAUACCUUUGUAGUGAUAGUUUAAACCAUGCGUUAGCAUUAGCAUGCAUUGCUAUCAUAAUGCAAGGCACAUGUGAGCUGAUUAUCUUUGAGUCAUUUGUUUUGAGGUUAUACCAUAGCUGUGGGAACCCAUUUCAUAUGGGGAGUGCUGUGAGGAUCAUGCCAACGGUGAUGCAAAAUCAAUUAGCUUUUUCACUUGAUGAAAAUACAUUGUUUGACUAUUAAUGCCAAAUUACUUGUGUGAGAUAGAUAAAUAAAUAAAAAAACAGGCUACAUGAAAUAUAAGACAAAUGAGUGACUGACUGAGCACUGACUUAUAGAGAAGCCAGAUUUACACAAUAUUGCAGCAAGUACCAACAACUCUUCACUCGCAAAGUAGACAAUAAUCCGAAGCACAGGCUAACACACAACUAGCAACUGUAGGCUACUGGCUGCAGAAUGCAAGAUUUACAAAAUAGACUACUUUAAGAGCAUGGACUACUGAUAAAUAAUAUUCAAGGAAAAGAAUGGACAUAUGUUUCUUCAAACUAAGGUGAUGAUGAGCACGUAGACUUAUUUAUGCCGAGUCUGAGUGCAAUUUGAUGUGGGACUGGAAAUCAAUUUUCUCCCCUCAUUAAAUGUCCUUCGCUGAUUAACAAUAGAAAGACUAGGAUUUUUUUUGUGUCAUGAAAACAGCGAUCAAAUCAGACACUGAUGGAUGGGUCUGCAACAGGUGACAGGAGUGUGAGCAGUGCUCUCCGUGGUUCUGAAAGGGUUACUGUUUGUCACGUUUUUUAUGUUCUAAACAACAGUGUUUUCCCACAAUUUUCAAUUUAUAUAUGUUUUUUUUAUUCGGUCAAAAGGAGGGUCUUCACGUACUACUUGCUUACUGACAUUUAUUUUCAUAAACUUUUCAGAGGCAUUUCCACCUUUGUGUUUUUCACAAAUCGCACUCUGGGUUUACUGUUGUAGCAGGUGCACAUACCUUAUGCUGAUGUUCCAAAUAUGUUUUUGUGAUCCAAGGUAACACUGAUGAAAGUUUUCACCAUCUCCUGUAUGUAUAGCUGUUCCACAAUGUCUGCGUGCACAUGCGUGAAUGUGAGGUGCGUCAGCCUCCUCUGGGUCAUGCUGCUCCUCAACCAGGUUUUAAGGCAUCUAAGUCAUGCACACAUAAAACAAAUUAAAUUGACAUUAGAAUACUAUCCAACAAAAAAUAGUUAGAUUAUAGCUAUUUAUUGAUUUAUCAAUGACUUUAUUUAAUUGUUUAAUUUAUACAUUUGGAAUGUUUUGUCCUGUAAUCUAGAGGGGGGUGCUACAGCACCCUGCACACCCCUACUUUCCAUAGCCUUGGGUUAAACUGAGGUGUAGACAUUGUGUAAAUGCAGUCAGUCAUCUUCUGAACAGCUUUAUCCUCCAGAGCGUCGUGGGGGCAGAGCCUACCCCAGCUACCUAUGGGUGAAGGCGGGGUUCACCCUGGACGUGUCUUCAGUUCAUCACAGGGCUGACAUAGAGACGAACAACCAAUCACUGUCACAUUCACACCUAUGGGUGGCUUAGAUUAACCAAUGAACCAAUUAGUGCAUGUCUUUGGAUAGUGGGAGGAGCCAGAGAACCUGGAGAGAAACCACACAAACACGGGGAGAACAUACACCUCCCUGGUGGUCCCUGGCGUUGGAAUCAGUUGACUUGUUUAACGUUUUAUAGAGUCAUCUCUAGUUUUUAGAUGCAGGCAGUAUUGAAGGAGGUAAUACCCAGUGCUGCACCUGUGUUCCGGUACCUUAAAAUAUUUGUCAUUGUUUUUUGAUAUUCCACAUAACCAAGAUACAGUUUUAACAUAACUGUUUUUGAUUCAUAACAAAUAUCCAUUAAAAACAAGAAAUGUCAAUGACACAAAAUAUUCACAUUGAAUGUUUUGACCAUAUCAUCCCGUCUUUCAGUUACUAAAAAGCACACACUACACAUUCCAACACAACUUCCUGAACACACACAAACAUGCACACAUCUGCCAAACUGAAGCUACAGAAUAAGAUGAAAUGUACCCUACCCUUAAAAUCAAACUGUCAAACUAGUGACAUGACAUUUUAAUUUAAAACAUGUUUAAUUCACAUUUGAAAAAUCCACCAUUUCAUUUAGUAAAAAGUAUCAAAAGCUUCAAAAGUGAAAAGACCCUCUGACCCUGAACUGCUCUUCCUCUUGUUCUGCAGUUUGAACAUGUAACUCUUCUUUGGAUGCUGCAUUUGAUUAUUUAGUUUAAGGGCUUUUCAUUUUCAUUUCUUGUUGUUAUACUGCCUUCACUCCCUCAGUGUCUGAUGGUUUCAGAGACACUAACCAUAACCUCUAACCCCCCUGACCCUAACUCAACCCUAACGCUAACCCUUAGCCUAACCGAAUGGUUUCAGAGACAAUAACCCUAACCCAACCCUAACCCCCUAACCCUAUGGUUUCAGAGACAAUAAUCCUAAACCAACCCUAACACUAUGAUUUCAGAGACAAUAACCCUAAACCAGCCCUAACCCCUAACCCAAACCUCACCCUAACCCCUGCAAUUUUUAUGCUGAAGAUUUUUUGUAAAUGUGGAAUAUUUCAAAACUAUAUCACCCAUUUUCAUUUAAAAGAUCUGUUACACGAUUGCUAAUUCUGUCUGAAUAAAAUCUUUAAACCUGUCUUAAAACCAAAACCACAUUUUAGUCAAGAGAAUCUUAAAAGAAGGAUUUAAUUUGGAUGGUCUUCCAAAAACCAGUUGAUACACAUUUUUACUUUUACAUUUUAAAUUUUCAUCUUAUUUUGACUCAUAAAAUCUGCUGUUCUAAUUUGUGUAAUUUCUUUCUCAGAUGGAUGAUGAAUGUUAAGGCUAUUAUUAAAAAAAUAAUACAGAUAAUGGGUUUUGUUAUACUGAGACUAAAAAUAUUUUCUAAUGAAAUCAUCUUGGAAAAUGUUCUGAAUGAAAAUGUUCAAAGAUGAGAUGAUUUAUUUUGUGUAAAAUUAGGAGAGGGUGAAAAAAUACAUUUGCCAAAGUUGAAGAAACAACCUUUUGUUUGAGGGUCCAAUCAUUUUAUUAUAAACAAAUGUAAUUAGGGCUGUUCUUUUGAAAAGUUUUCAUUGCAUAGACAUGUCACACUUUUCAGAGAAAAUAAAGU